GAAGCUGCCGCUUCUGCUUGCCGUCGCCGUUGAGAUCGCGGGCUUGGAACCGCCGCGCCUUCAUUCCCGCUGCUCGCCUUUCCUGUCACAGCCACCGUCGCCGCCACGAAGUCCGUCGCCGUUGCUGCAGCUGUCAGCGCCGUCAUCCAUGGGUGAGGCAGAGGAGAGAGAUCCGGGAGGAAGGGAGGAUCAGGACCUGUCCAGCCACCGCGCACAGUUGCCGCUCCUAUCACCGGCCAUCCUCAUCAAAUCCGCCGCCUCCGAAGCUUCUGGCUGCGACUUCUGGCCGCACCUCAACCUCUGCCGCCGGAGAGCGCUGCUGCCACCGAAAACCGUCUGUGUAUGUUGGAAACUGCCGCCGGAACCCCUGUCUUCUUGGUUUGGGUUCCAAUAUUUGCGUGUCGAAAUUAAGGUUGUUAUUGAACCACCGGAGCUUUGGGGAGUGCCGGAGCUUCCGCCUGGUCGGUUUAGAGGGUCAUUGCUGCUUUGUUUCUCGUGUGUUGUUACCGCGAUUCUUAAUGCCGCUAUUGAUAUUGUCUGAAAAUAAACAAGGUUGCUGCCGCUGCUGUAAAAUUGAAGAUAAAUAAAAGAGUAAUUGAUGAGUCUAACUACUGAGCUUUGACUAAAUCGAGGUAGGGGUUUUUCUUAAAACCUAAUUUAUAUUACAGAGUUGUGAUAACUAGAUAUUAAUGUCAAAGAACAUAUGGCUGUGAUUAUGAUUGUCUUCUAAAUGUGGUUGUUUGUUGGACUGAAUGAUUGAUUGCUUGAUUGCUUGAUUGCUUGAUUGCUGAAAAGAAAUUAGUUGGAAAUGUUAUUUAGUUGAUUAUUAUGAAAAUUGGCUUUUCUUGGUUUUGAAGCUAUUUUUGAUAAUGUAAAGGAAUUGGUUUUGGAAAUGAUUUGGAAUAUGAAACUGGAUUAACUUUGGAAAUGGUUUAAUUUUGUGUUGGUGACUUUAUAAAUGAUUUAGUAUUUGAGCUGUUUUGAUUUUAAAGAGAGAUUUAUUAUGGGCACUGAUUUGGUUUGAAAAUAAUUUGAUAUUGGAACUAGCUGAAUCUUGGAAAAUGAUUGAGGUUUGGAAAAGGUUUGAGAAAUGUUUGGAUGGGACCCGAACAGGGUGGCAAAGUCCGAAUUUUAGAGGAGAUGCUGCCGAAAUUUUAUAAAAUUGGAAGUUUUAUUUGAAGUAAUUAACUAAAGAUUUGUUUUUAAACAUUAUAUGUUUUAAGGAUAAUCUAUUUAUCAAAGAAAGAAUUAUGUUUUGGAAUUAAGACUGUUAAUGAACGGAAUGGAAAGAGGAUUGAUGAGGAUUUUUCUUUGAAAUAUGGCUUUUGAAUGAAUUUGGAAAUGAGGUUUGGAUUGAUGAAUGAUUAUGAUGUUGAGAAUGUUGAGAUAUGUGGCUUAUGAAUUUGAAAUAUCUGAGAUACGAGGUUCCCUGGAUUAAGUACCGUGGCUUGCCACCACGUGUACCAGGUUGAAAACUCGAUACUCUGUUGACCCUACGACGUAAGUGUGACCGGGCACUAUAUAAAUUCCCGGGAAUGUUACCCCCAUAGAGCAAUAUUGAUUAUUUGAGAAAAAGCUAUGCAUAGACUCUUGGGGAUGCACGUCGGGGGACAGUCUAAGGACAAUUCAGACUUGUCGGGUUGGCUGGAUAACCGACAGAUGAGCCUCAUCAGCCAUAGGACAGGCAUGCAUCAUAUGCAUUUGUAUGCUUUGCUUGGGUUUGAACUUGUUUUGGUGUGCCUAAUUG